UACUGAGAUAAACUAAUAACCUUUAAGAUGAUUCUUCUCUGAGGGAAUCGAAGGCAAGGUGAUCAGUAUAUAGAAGUUGAUCAGCUGUUCAAGACGUGAAGUGUUAGCAGCGCGUUCAUUCCUCAAUCCUCUAUCGCCUUUUCUCGGAGAAUUCAACCAUCUGCUUGAAGCCAGUUCAGUUCAGUUCACUUUGUUCACAGUAUUCACAGUAUUCGUUUCUUGCUCGAGUCGUUAUACAGGUGCUGCAGCAGCAGAGUAAGGAUGUCAGGGUGCGGUAACAGUGUCUGCUCAUGUGGCUCAAACUGCCAGUGCGGCAGCAACUGCAGCUGCGGGAAGAGGAUGAUGGAUGUCAAAGACAUCCUUAAUAUGCAGAGCUUUGAGCACGGCAGUGACGGAAUCAGCUACAAUUCCAGGUGUUUAUAGAUUCAUGCCGCGGUUGAGGAGGCGAAACAACGUACCAGUGCACGAGUUUUGAGCCAGAUGAUGGAACCUCACUUCAGUACGUAGCCGAGUACCAUCAAAUUACAUCUUUUCACUAUCCUCCUAUUACAUCCCACAGACAUGAAACUCUGGUUUCGUCCGGAAUAUUGAGGCUUGGAAUGUUGUAACCAUGGUCGGAAUAGGAUAGGUCACCAUAAGUCAAGUAUAUGUGGACUCCAGUCUCUGAUUUGGUCUAGUUCAGCCGGUUUAUUGCCUUACGUUGCUAUUUCAGAAUAAAGACACUUUUUGUAAUUACUUCUCUCC